CAACGCUCAGUAAGCAAAAAUCUUGAUUUCGCUUCACAGGGAGCCAACAGUCACGGGCAGCUCGGACAGGGACACGCGGAAGAUCAAGCCGAGCCGCGGCGUGGUGGAGGGCGGACUGGAGGACUGGAGGGGGGAGAUGAUCUGGUGUGUGAGGAGGAGGUGGACAUUCGGCUGUCAUCACUGAAUCCUGAAACGGUUUCUGUGAUUGUUCUGCUGAUGUGUGGACAGAACCACAAAGGUCAGUUAGGGCUCAGUCACACGUCAGAGGUCAUAACCUUUCAACUCUGCCCUUUGCCUGGGUGUACAAGAGUUCAGCAGGUGUCCUGUGGUUGGGACUUCUCUGUUAUCCUGACUGGUGAUGGCGGCCAGGUCUUGGCGUGCGGCUCCAAUGCGUUCGGACAGUUGGGCGUCUCGCCAAGAAUAACACACUCAGCAGAACUUUUACACGUGAAGACCUUGAAUGAGCCGGUAACAAGUGUGGCUGCAGGGCUUAGACACACAUUAGCAAGUACAGCAUCAGGUUGUGUUUAUCAAUGGGGAACUGGCCUGUCGAGUCACGCUAAGAGAAUGUUAAAUCCCCAACCUGUUCCUGCACAUCUAUCCUCUAAGGAGCCUUGCAUUGUCCCGGGGUUUGAUCACGUGACCUCACAGAAGGUUGUUGCAGGCUCCACCCACUGCAUUUGUUUGACAGUCAAAGGUGACGUGUUCCUCUGGGGAAGCAAUAAACAUGGUCAGCUGGUCAGCGAGAGCCAUUUCCUGCCCCUUCCUGUGGCUUUGGAUAGAUCUCUGCUGCAGGGUGAGAGAGUGAUUGACGUUCACAGCGGCUGGACGCAUCUUGUCGCUAUAACAGAGAGUGGGCGGGUCUUUACAUGGGGCAGAGCUAAUUACGGACAGCUAGGACAGACCAAUCUGAGUACAGAAAAAGAGUCUGACAUUGCAACAAGCUCUGGCCAAAGUAUAAGCCGCCCCAUCGAGGUUAAAGCUUUAUUUGGAGCAACACAGAUUGCAUGCGGAUCUGAACACAGCCUGGCUGUUGUGGGGGGUCGGAUCUUCUCCUGGGGCUGGAAUGAACACGGAAUGUGUGGAGACGGUUCCCUUUGUGACAGCGCACAACCGCGACCAAUCCCCCAUCUCAGAGACGCUACAGCUUUUCUGAUUGGCUGUGGAUCAGGACAUUCAAUGGCACUAUGCAGUUUGAAGAGCAACGAGGAUUCAGCAAGCUGAACAGGUUUGAGCGUUUGGCUCUCAGUCUGUGACAAAGACUGCUUGCUUACGUUAUGGUUUUAAUGUAUUAUUCAGAAAGACUCGGUUGAGCCUUUAAAUGACAAUUUUUCGAUCAAAGUCUUAGAAAUGCAAAUACUACCCACGGAUGCACACAUUAUUGGGAAGCACCCAAAAUAAACAUUUUUAGAAACAAGAACACUAGGUGUAUUUGCAGCCAUCACUUAAAUGAGAUUUAUUUUAAAGGCAUAUUCUAAAUUUUAAAACGUUGAAUAUUAAUGUUUAGCUGAUAUAUUGGUCAUUAAGGAAUAGCAGAAAUAAAAAUUCUCACUCUCAUGUUGUUAUAUGGCUUUUUUUCUCCCAGUGCAUUUACUGAUGUAUCUGGGCCUGUACAUUCAAUGGUGCAUUCACAACCACUGAAAAAGACUGGAAUUCAAUAAGAACAAAUUCAAUCAGAUGCACAUUCUCUGGAUGAGUUUAACAAUUCACUGCUGAAAUGGCCAUUCGUGCUUCCUUUGCUGUGACAGACGGUCAAGGAUAAUUUCCUCUGACCUUUUACCUGACAGUGACAGAGAAUACCCUUAAAUAACCUUCACUGUAGAGCCAUUAACUGAAACAGAUUUACCGCUUUGAAGUGAUCUGUCUGAAAGCACUCAAUCUCCCAGAAUACCCUGUGACGGGGCAAUCAUUUGAUCCCAGAGUGAUAAUCUACUAAAGACUGGGCAGGGGGCAGGUUUAAAAAGUGAUUUUUCAAUACUAUUUACAACAGGAUCUGCAUUUUCAUGGGUUUAAAUAAAAUAUGUUUGAUAUAAGAUGCAAUAAAAACAACUUUGUGCAUCAAAAUCACUCCUUUCCCGGUUAAAAAAAAAAAUCAGAAGUCAACAAAUUUGCGACAGCUUAAAGUAACUUUUUGUCUGUCAAAAAAUAACAUGCACAAUACACGGUAGUAUAGCCUGCUACCAGAUUUUUGACCACGUCAUCAAUUGCUGUCACGUCAUCUGUCAGAGACGUAACAUACCUAAUACGUAACGCACAUGAGAAUAAAUUUACUCUUCCCUCGUUGAGAUUGGCUGAUGUUUUUUAUAAAACAUGGUACUGUGUGAACGUGUUUUAUUAAAUGUUUUAUAAUUAUUUUUGCAUUAAGUUAGUCAAAUAUGUAUGUUCAUGCAACUACUACUAUUUUUGUAUCUGCACUGUCUUAAAACAAAGCUUGAAAAACCCACAAAACACACAGAAUCUGUGUUAGUGCUUUUUAUUAUCACUAUUUUGUUUAAUUGCUUUUUUUUAUUCUCUCUUCAGAAAAAGACACAAAAUUGCCUUAACAAUAUGUCAACUCAAACCAUCAAUGAAAACACCACUUGGUUUUAGAUAACUAUCCAUACUAUGCACUGCAAUGUGCUGAAAAA